CGUCGCGAGAGUUGACAAAACAGGCCCUAAAUUUACCCGUAGACCCCUACGACCCGCCUGGAAGUUAGCCCCCUGUCCCCAUUUUAGCACUCGCACAGGGGCUUUCGGCCGUUCAUAUCCGCGUCAGCCUUGAUUAUCUCACCUGUCAUACAAGGCUCUUUCUCGUGGCUUCAACGCCAUUUCCCCAGAUUGUCAAAUCCACCACCCACCACCGCAUGACCGAACACGACCCUCGAUCAAAUCUCAACCUACGUACCCUGAUUACACUGGCCCUAAAUAUCCUUAUAUGCUCGCCCAUUCAUACCAGCACUGCUACCAUUCCCUCUCACCUACCUACCUAGUUAUGAGCAGUAGCCGCCAUUUCCCUCCCUCCCUCACGCUCGACCCAUGGCUCCAAAGAUCGAGAAAUGGUCACUGGGAAUCCUGAAUGACAAAGAGACUGAGGAAGUCCCCGGAACCGUCCUCCUCCUGUCCUCCACCCGCAAUGAACCCCUCGGACUCGAGCAUCAACAUGCUCGGAGGAGUUCUUCCUCUAUGCCCGCGCAGCCUCUCACUCCUCCCUUGAGACGUCCCUCACACCAGACCAAGAAAAAGACAAGAGACGGCCAGUUCAUCCUGGACCCGCAGCCAGAUGACUCCUUGAACGACCCGCUGAACUGGCCGGCCUGGAGAAGAGAUGUUGCCUUGCUGUCCCUUGGAUUCUACUGCAUGGUCGGUGGAGGUAUCACCCCCAUCCUGGCCGCAGGUUUCAACAACGUUGCCGAGACUUACGAUGUGUCUUACUCGAGGGUGGCCUUGACGACGGGAUUGUACAUGAUGGGCCUCGGUGUUGGCAGUGUCAUAUUUUCCCCUACCGCCAUUCUUUGGGGUAAACGUCCCGUCUAUCUGGGCUCUGCUGUCAUGUUCAUUGUCACCUCAGUCUGGUGCGCCGUGGCCCCCAGCUACGCCCAACUCGCCACAGCUCGCGUGUUCCAGGGCAUUUCGGUGAGCCCAGUGGAAUGUCUGCCCUCGGCCACCAUUGCAGAGAUCUUCUUCUUGCAUGAACGUGCCUUCCGAGUCGGCAUUUACACUCUUCUUCUCCUGGGCGGAAAGAAUUUAGUCCCUCUGGUCAGUGCUGUCAUCAUCGGUGCAAAAGAUUGGAGAUGGGUCUUUUGGGUUGUCACCAUGGUCGUGGGCUUCUGCUUCUGCCUUUUGUUCUUUUUCGUGCCGGAGACAUUCUGGGACCGGACGCCCAGACCCAAGUCCAGGAGGCCAACUCACCAACGAAGUCUAUCCAGCAUCCUCCGUCAUCCCUUGGCCAAUGCGAAGCCACACGAACCACAGCCGAACAUGGCCGACCCUGCGGCUUUACGAGAGGCCAUUGAGAAGACAAUGACACCCAGACAGCACAUGUUGCAUGAGCAAAACGUUCAUGCUAGAUUCGAAGAUGUAAUCGACGCGACCAAAGAUGAUGCGGAGAGUACAAAGUCGACCAACGACAAGUCAGAAGCCAUUGAUCAUGCUCGUCACACUGAGGAAACUAAUCAACCCAUCUCGGAGGGAAGCACUGCCUAUGGAUCGUAUGACGAGAAAGAGGAGGAACAAGCCAACAAGGUGGUACAGGCGAAUGAACCAGUGAAGGAGACGUCAGGAAGAAGAAGACCCAAACCUACUGGACUGUCCAUGCCACCACCACCGGACCUACGUGGUUUGCCACCACAGUGGAAUGAUGGAAACAAUGAUGACAAGACUCCGACCAAGGGGCCUCGCACUUCGUCAGGUAAUCCAGUUAUCAUUGAGCCAGAAGCCAGUCCACCAGCCAAAGGAUCUCCAGCACCGUAUUUACACAACCUCAAUUCGCCCUACUAUUUGGAGUUGGAGAAGAAUAACGACUAUCUCCGUCACCACAACAUCCCGACUACCCAACCAGCUCAGGCAGCUGGCAUAGAACAACAGGGUGCCGUGCCAGGAACAUCUCCCAAUCCGGUUUCGGUGCCCGUGACUGCCUUUCAGAGUCCUACUGCUUCGGAAAAGUCGAGGACAACCGAGGAUUACUUCCCUAGUCCAAGUCCUCAAAUCGCGCGGUACACGACGACUCUCCGUCACGCACCUCCAAAGUCUUACCUUCAAACCCUCAAGCCGUGGAAUGGAAGACUUUCGAAAUCUAAUUGGUUUCUGGUGGCUUGCCGGCCUUUUAUACUGUUUGCCUAUCCUAGCGUCCUCUGGUCGGCGCUUGUGUAUUCGUUGUCGGUGGGCUGGCUGAUUGUGCUAUCGGAGUCGAUAAGCUCCAUCUACAAGAAUCGUGAAGCCUACAAUUUCACUUCAUUACAGGCCGGCCUUGUCUAUAUUUCUCCAUUUGUUGGAGGCGUGCUUGGUACUGCAGUUGCCGGCAAAGUGUCAGAUAUCAUCGUACGAUACAUGUCUCGGAAGAACGGUGGUGUGUACGAACCCGAAUUUCGACUUGUCAUGGGCAUUCCUAUUGCGAUCACUACGGCGAUCGGGUUGAUGGGAUUCGGCUGGUCCGCCCAAGAGCGUGACAAUUGGAUCGUUCCAACCAUCUUCUUUGGGCUGAUUUCUUUCGGUUGUUCCCUGGGCAGCACGACGUCCAUCACCUUUUGUGUCGACAGCUAUCGACAAUAUGCUGGUGAAGCACUCGUAACUUUGAAUUUCAGCAAGAAUAUCUUCCACGGUUUGGUGUUUAGUUUGUUCUUUGCGACAUGGUUGGAGGAUGAUGGGCCACGGACCACUUUUUUGGCCAUUGGAGCCAUUCAGGUCAUCUGUCUCAUCAGCACUAUUCCCAUGUACAUCUACGGCAAACGAGCAAGGAUGUGGACUGUCCGGAAGGGUUUCAUGGAGAAGUUUUAGGGGGGAAACAGAGUUGAUCUUGUUUCUUAUCACAUCAUAGCGAUGGAAGAGCUUCGGGUUUUGGGCUUUUAGGCAUUUGAGGAGUUUCUGGGGAUUGCAUUAGAUUGCGAAGACUAUUUAUCUCAUCAAACGGAGUACAAGGAAGGGAUUGACAUUGGACGAAUGGAGUUGCUGUGGUUUGCUGUUCCUGGAGACGACUUUCCAUUGCAUCGUUAGAAUCUGGAGUAAUGAUUUUUGAAGAUAUAAUGAUAUGAUGUGAUUAAGAUUUGUGAAUGAUAU